UGCGGCUCUCCCAGUGACGGAAACUAAGACCCAACAGACUAGGGCCCUUUGGUAUAAAGGUUUUGGUCUAAGCCGAUCGUGGCUCAGUCUGCAGAGAAACGUGCGUGCAUAGCUUUGGUCUUUGGUCAGGGGUUACGGUGUGGUUCGAAUUUGGACUAGAUUUAUAGCGGGUGAUCAGGUGGAAAAUGCAUUUUCCGGCUUUCGAUGACUUCUAUCAGCGAAUUCUGCUUCUUUUGCCGUUCGCCGCAAAUUUUAGGUCUGAUGAUUUUGAUUACAAAUCGCCAGCGAGAUGGCAGGAUAACUUCCCCCAUUGUGGAGGUUCAGAUCAGUCGCCAAUUGCGAUUAGCAGACGCAAAGUAAUACCUCUCAGCUUGCCCCCGCUAGUAUUCGAGGUAUACGAUGAGUAUUUCGAUGACCUAGUGACCGUGACAAAUAAUGGACAUACAGUUGAAUUUAAAGUUCCGGCGACUAUCUAUGGCGUAAGACCCUAUGUUACAGGAGGUCUGUUGCAAGACUGCUACGAGGCUGAGGCUGUGCACUUCCAUUGGGGAUCCCCGGAGAGCAAGGGAUCGGAACAUGUGCUCAACGGCCGUCGAUUUGAUCUGGAAAUGCACAUUGUCCAUCGGAACACCAAAUAUCUGACUCUUGAAGAAGCAGUAAAUAAUAGCGACGGAGUGACCGUACUGGCGGUGCUUUUUAAGGUUGUGCGGGCGGGUCCUACAUUCUACCAGCCCGGACUUCAUGAAAUCUUCAGUUCACUGCUCCAUUUGGGAAACUUUAACAGCAGCCACACGGUGCAGGAACGGAUCACUCUGGGGUCGUUGCUGGGAAACCUGGACAGAGGAAAUUUCUUUACGUACAAGGGUUCCCUGACGACGCCACCAUGCUCACCGGUGGUCCAGUGGCAUGUGUUCAGCGAAGUGCUUCCCAUCUCGCACCAGGAACUGCCCAAGUUCUGGCAAAUUCGCGACAACCUGGGUCGUCCGCUGCAAAAGAACUUCCGGCCACUACAGUCGCAGGAAAACAGGCUCAUCUUCCAUCGACAACCUUUCGUGCCGCUGCAGCCGGAGCAGCUGCCAGAACUGAUCUGGUUAUAG